AUGCCUCCACCGAUCGCGAGAACACCGACAAGUAGCGAGACGUCGUCGCCUCACAUCACGUUCUCGAUGAGCACACCGAAUUACCUGAGCCCGUAUACGCCCAGCGUACCCGUCGCAUACCCCAUCCAGCCACCCAUGGCUCACCCAGGACAAAAGCGCCCAAGAUCCGAAGAUGAAUCGCAAGAAGCGCUCGCAAAGCGCGCCCGCAACGACUCCAUCACAACCUCGCAAGAGCAGCGCUACAACGACAACAAGCCCGCAAUCGAAGCCUGGUGCAAAGCGCAGCAAACCCACCCCAAAGCACGUUGGUACGAGAAACUUCACGCGUGGGAAACAAAUGGAUGUCGCGACGUAAGACGCAAGUCGCCCGCAGCAACAUCACCACCUACUCCCGCCCCCAUCACACAAACCCUCGGAAUGGAUUCGUCCGCAGAGAUCCUGAACAUUAGACGGCAAUGGGGCGACACAAAACCCGACCGUCGCAUACACCCCUUAGACAAAGCCGCCGUCCCCGAAUAUCCCACCGAAGACUCACUCGCGGCCUGUACAAAGAGGUCGGAUGGCAUGUACAAGUGUCUACACGCUGAGGAUCCGGGCGUGGAAGACGAGGGUUGA